AAGCAAGGUCUCCCUAUGAAUUCCCGACUCAUUAUGCAACGCCAGUAUAUAACUCGCAGCCCGGAGUCACACAGCCACUCAAAAUCCCACGGAGCGCAAGGAAAACUUGAUACUCCAACUAACUCCACUGAAGAGAAAGGUAGAUCCGACAUGGAUUUUAUUCUAUCACCCACACUCCCAGUUAGUGGCAUCCAAUGGGAGAAAGUUUUACCUCCACUUUUUCCUCCUGUCAACGGGACUGCCGGAAAAUAUAGCUGGACACCCCGACUGCUAAUUCCGGAGAUGGAUACGAGUACAAGUGGUUCAGAGGCAACUUUUGACGAUAGUGGAUUUACAAUUCAAGUGGAUGUCCGACAUUUUAACCCCAAGGAUCUCCUGGUCAAAGUGAUUGGAGAAUUUGUAGAGGUACAAGGAAAGCAUGAAGAAAAAAAGAAAGAUAGCCCGGGGAUGACAACACGACAGUUUAACCGUCGCUAUCGAAUUCCAAAGGGAGUGGACACCAUGGCUUUGGAAUCGGCAGUUUCCCCAGAUGGUGUCCUUAUUAUAUCUGCACCCAUGCUGCAAACAGAGAUGUCCACGUCUCAGCCGUUCUCAUAAAGACCGUCAUUUCUUAUCCUUCAAAAAUGGCCUAAUCUUCGAGAUUUGUAAAUAAUGGUAUUGCACAUGAUAUAAUAUUUCAAGAAUGUACACUUUGUAAAUAUUGGGUCCACAAUUAAAAAAGCCAUUUCCAUUUUAAGCAACCAUGUUGUGAUAAUGAGAAUUUUAUUGUAUUGUAUUUCUUCCGUAUAAAUGUCGAUAAAUUAAAAAUGUCACAAGUUACCGCA